CACAAACCCAAAUCGUUUCCAUAGCGUGAGCGGUUGCAAACAUGUCUACGUUUCAUGACGUUGAGCCAUGCGUCGGCUGCAUGUGAGAAUGCAGUGGAAGCAACUGUUGGCACGUCGCGCGCCUGUGGUACGAUUCAAAAUGAAAGUUUUUUGCCCUGAGUGCGGCCUUCGAGUGCAGCCGAGCGAUGUGGGAGAGGUCCGGGAGAUGCGAGAUGUUUGCAAGACAAUGUGGCGAAAAUUCAUGCAGUUGGACGACCGACAUUGCCCUCUGUUCCGCACCUGUGAAGUCAGCGACCUUAACGAUCCGUCUGUCAAUGAAGAACGUGAAGGCGGUCGCCGAGUUCCACCGAGCCUUUGGCGUCCCAUGCCACGGCUCAAAGGCCGCUCAUGACGAGGCCAAUUUGCGCCGUGAUGCGCCACAGGGUGGGCCUUGCGCCACGGGCGCCUUGCGUGGAACACGCUGGAAGUGGCACCUGACAGCAGCUGGAUGGGAGUCGUGACGUG